AUGGCUUACUUGACGUCCUCUUUCACCGACGUCGAUAACAGCUAUAGGAAGAUAUGUACAAAUGUCGAAUCUCGUGAUGUCGGUGUUUGGUCCCCUUCAGAGGUACAACCACGACUCGACAUGACUGCACUUGCGCUACAGAACACUCGGCCGGUCGUGGACGCGCAAUUCCCCUUCGACGAACCGCACGCAGACGUCAUCCUGCGCUCAUCCGACAACACAGACUUUCGCGUUUACGAGAACAUCCUCUCUCUCGCCUCACCCUUUUUUAGGGAGCUUUUCAGCCUCCCGCAGCCUCCCGACGAACCUUAUACUGGGUCGGCAAAAAAUAUGUCAGACGAGUAA